AUGGGCGGCCCGACCCAGGCCACCGUGCUCGACGACGACCGUCCGCCGUCCAUCCGCGAUAACCUCGGUUGCUCCCCUACGCUCUUCAAUGUCGGGAAGAUGGCAUCCUCCGCCAGCCUUCCGACUUCCCAUGCGCCCCCAAUACAUCCCGCGCCGCCAUUUCUGCCGUUCUUGAGCCAAGAGGGAGGAGAGGAGCCGCGCUCGCACCCUUCUCGUGCUACCCCACUGCCAUCCACCGCCUCGAGCAGCGGAGCAACCCCUCGGCGGCAAGACAGGCGCUCUGAAAGGCUGACGUCGCUGGUCCGAUCCACCACUAACAGAUGCGGCCCGUCUUCAUCAGCAGCCGAGCACGGACAGACCGCUAAUACGGAGCGUCGCCAAUGGCGAGUUAUCCCCGGGUGGGUAUUCUCUCUAGAUAGGCGCCCGCAUCCUGCAAGCCAGCUAGCCUGCCUUGCUCCCAUUCGGCGCUCAACACAUCUGCCGUCCUCUUCCCUGGACGCCUCGGGGCGGUCCAUCGCCGUUCACCCGCCGCGCGUGCUUGACAGGGCGAGAGCUACGUCUCUCGCCCACCCCACGUUUUACAAACAACCCACUUCUGCCGGACUGUAUGUAGGUGCGAAGCGGCCGCAGCACCUGCGGCCUCGGCUAUGCAGGGCCAGCGGCGAUGGGCGACGGCCCUUUGAACACGAUCCCUCCGUCCCUGCCCAUGGCUCGCCUUGCCCUGCCCUGGCCCGCUUCGCCUUGGGCUGUGGUACACCCUUCUUUACAGUUCACGCAUCAUAG